CUUCUUACUUCUUUGUGCCUGUUCACUUGUCAAAGCCUUCCGCAGUGCUUCCUUCUGAUUUUCGUUUGGACCUUCGAUCUAUAUCAUCCGGCCCUCCGCAGUUGCGUUUGGCAAACAUGCGCAUCUUCAAUCCAUAUACUCACUUGUCAUUAUCCUUUUGAACGAACCUCUAACCUCGGUUCCUUGACUUCGUCUCCCAAGAUGAGCUUCUUAAACGACAUCGUCAAUUCCAUCGGCACCGAUAGAGCCCCAGCUCCGCCAAAGCCACCCGUGCGCCCACUUAGCGCCAAUUCUCAGCGACUUCAAGCGGACAGUAAGCCUGGAUCUCGACCUGGCCUUCCUCCUCUUCUCUCGCCACUGAACGGUAUCAAACGGAAAGCGGAGGACGAUGUUGCGAAGCCACAGGAGAAACACAUUAGACCGAAUCCCGCUCCUGGCUUGACAAGCUCAGUGGCCAGACGCCCAGCCGCUCCGCCUCUCAAUGCGCCCAAACCGUCCAAUGAGAAAGCCAUUCCUGCGUCUCGACCUAAGGUCGACACCACUGUCAGCUCAGCCAAGCCUGGAUCACGACCCGGAACUCCAACUGGCCCCCCUGCUAAAGCUCCGGCAAAAGGAUCAUAUGCCGAUAUCAUGGCUAGGGCGAAGCAAGCGCAAGAAACACGGAUGCAAAGCCAAGUUGGCAUGAUCAAGCAUCAGGCAACAAACAGAGAGAAAGUAUCUAAAGUGGCUGAGAGGCGACGUCAGGAAGAGGAGAAGGCGAAAACCGGGAAGGAGAAGUCCGAUCCACGGCUUACAAACAUCAAACGAGACAAGUCGAAGUCACGCAGCCUUAGUCCCGCGAAGAAAGCAGACCAACCUCGUGUAGCCAAGGCACCCCGACCACCUCUACACGCUCCAGCCUCAUCCUAUAAAGGUACAAUGGGCCAGACUUCGAACCGAUCACAGAAGCAAGUUCGGCAAAAACGAAGCAAAGCCGAUGAAUAUCUUGGUACAGACGAAGAGGAUCUCUCUGACGAAGGCAGCUAUGGACGAGAUGAAGAAGACGACUAUGGAUCUGAUGCUUCCUCUGACAUGGAGGCCGGCGCUUUUGAUAUAGAUCAAGAAGAAAAUCGAGCAUUGAAAGCCGCAAAGGACGAGGAUGCCAAGGAGAUGGCUUUAGAAGCCCGUCUGAAGAGAGAGAAGGAGCAGCGACGAAAGAAACUGCUUGAUCUUGCUAACAAGCGGAAAUGAAUCUCAUGACUUACGGCGCAUGACUUCAAGGUUGGCAUAGCAUUCAUAUUACUGAUUAUUUAGCAUUGGUGUUGGGGUGACAGCCUUGAUAGGACAGCGCAAAGCGGUGCAGCAUUACAGGAAAUCUAUCAUUUGACUUCACAAU